GCUCUCCACUGGCGAGCAGCGUUUCACUGCUGUGACAGGGGGAAGAGGCAGUCGUAGCUGUUUUGUUAUUCACUCAGGUGUAGACAGUCUGCCACCAGCAUGCGCUAAAGUGAAAUAGGUUUUGAAUGCAAGCACUGCCUCUCCACCCUUUAGAGCAUCUUGAGCUCUUUUUUUUUUCUUCAGUGAGCUAGAGAGAGAGAGGCAGGGGGAGGCAGAGGGAGAUCGAAGGAGGGAGAGUCAGAGAGAAGGAGCUUGACCGGGGAGGAGGAGAGAGGGAGGAGGUGACAGACUGGUCGUGCUGGAUGACCGGAUUCUAUUUUUUCAUCUGUCAUGCAAACCUCUGGUGAAUUUCCCAGUAAUAACAGUGUGACUGAGCCAGGUUGGAAGAGCCUCUGCUACAGCGUUCCUCCCUCUCAACCUGCAGGAUCUUCCCACUCAGACUAUGACCUGCGUUGUGACAUUCAUCCUCUUCCUCAAUCAUUUCCAACUGUGUGAAGAAAAGUGAAAAGACGUUUUAAUGAAUCAGUUUUCGUUAGCCGACGCCAUGACGGACAACUUGAGGAUUUUAUAAUUCUCUCCGGACGAAGAGCGUCGCAUCUUUUAAGGAGGCACAGAGGAAACUUCACAGUUCCGAAGUUAUCAGAGUCUAAUAUGGGAUUUGGCGUACUGGGAGUGUUUCUGGGGCUGCUCCUGGAGGUCUCCACCCAUGGACCCCACGCCGUGCCUCGAACAUCCUGGAGGCACCAAGAUUUAGAUCUGAUGGAGUUUUCGGAGCCGGGCAUCUUCAACUACUCCACGUUACUGCUGAGUGAGGAAAGAGACGCACUGUAUGUGGGAGCAAGAGAGGCCAUCUUUCAGCUCAGCAAGAAAAAUGUGACAGUCAAAAACAACAAGGUUCUGUGGACAGUUGCAGACAACCCCAUGAUGAUGUGCACACUCAAAGGAAAAUCAAAAGAGAGGGAUUGUCUAAACUACAUUCGAGUGCUUCAAGUUGUAGACGAUGAGCGGCUGUAUGUCUGCGGCACACACGCUUUUCAGCCGCAGUGCGAUUACUUGAACCUCGGCAGCUUCUCACUGGACGGUCGACCUGAAGACGGCCGAGGGAAGUGCUCCUUUGACCCCUCGCAAAGCUUUACUACUGUCAUGGUUGAUGGAGAGUUGUACUCAGGGACAGCUUAUAACUUCUUAGGAAGUGAACCGAUUAUUUCCAGAUACUCUCCAUCCCAGUCCCUGCUGAGGACAGAGUAUUCCACGUCAUGGCUCAAUGAGCCCAGCUUUGUUUUUGCCGACGUGAUCAGAGAAGGGAAAAACAGAGCAGAUGGCGAGGAUGACAAAAUCUACUACUUCUUCACUGAGGUGUCAGUGGAGUACGAAUUCUUUGGCAAGCUGCUCAUCCCCAGGGUGGCGCGCGUCUGUAAGGGUGACCUCGGGGGGCAGCGCACUCUGCAGAAGAAAUGGACAUCCUUUCUGAAAGCCAAGCUGGUGUGCUCCAUGCCGGAGCUCAACUUUGUUUUCAACGUAGUGCACGAUGUCUUCAUUCUGAAGGGGACAGAUUGGAGAGACACGGUCAUCUAUGGCGUCUUCACUUCUCAGUGGGGUAAUGUGGGUUUGUCAGCUGUCUGCGCCUACAACAUGACGGCAGUGGAAGAGGUCUUCUCCAAGGGAAAGUACAUGCAGAAGGCCACAGUGGAGCAGUCCCACACCAAGUGGGUGCGGUACAACGGCAUCACUCCCUCUCCACGUCCUGGAGCUUGUAUCAACAACCUGAUGCGACAGCAGAACAUCAGCAGCUCGCUCCACUUACCGGAUAAAACCCUUCAGUUUGUGAAGGACCACCCCCUGCUGGAGGAUCCUGUCCUGCCCAUCGGCAACGGGCCUCGGCUCAUCACCAAAGACGUCAAUUACACUCAGAUUGUUGUGGAAAGAGUCAGAGCGCUCGACAAGAACAUUUAUGAUGUCAUCUUCACCGGAACAGAUAAAGGAGUCUUGCACAAGUCAGUGGUGUUUGAAAGAGAAGUUCACAUUGUGGAGGAGAUCCAACUCCUAAAGAACUCUGAGCCCAUCAAAAACUUGCUGCUGUCGUCGGAGACACGUUCCCUGUACGCUGGGUCAGACUCGGGUGUGGUCCAGUCACCUACAGCUUUCUGUGGCAGGUAUUCGUCCUGCCAUGACUGUAUCCUGGCACGAGACCCCUACUGCGCCUGGGACCCUCACACCGCUGCCUGUGUCAAUGUCUUUGAUAUUCCCAGCCAGAAGCUUAGGAGGCUAAUCCAGAGCCUGAAUGGCGACGCAGAUGUCUGUCCUUCAGUGUCAGGUCUUUCCCAGACGGACUACCAGCGUGUGACAGUGAAACCAGGAAGCUCUGCUGAGCUGCCGUGCCUGGUACACUCCAACCUCGCCCAGGUGAUGUGGAAAUCCAACGGCUCGCUUCUCACUGAGGCGUCUCGCUUCCACCUCAUCGCCGAAAAUGGGCUCCUCAUUUACAGCGUGGCUCCAGAGGAUCAAGGCUACUACGAGUGCUGGUCUGUGGAAUGGGCCUCUGCUGCCGGGAAGAACUUCAGCCGUCUCCUGGCUGGAUACAUUCUCAAUCUGGAGCUUCCUCCCAGACCCCCACUCCAGGCAGGCCAGCCCACCACCACCCUCAGCAGCCAGGAGACACCUGGUACACAUGCAGAUGCAGAAGGUAAUGCUAAGACAGACAGAGCCCCACUAACUUCAGCGCUUGCUCCUCCCAGCUUCACAUCCACAGCCUUCUUCACCUUCCCACCCCAAACUGACACAUCACUAACCCCGCCUCCCAGCAGCACCAUCAAGUUCCCGCCAAAGCAGUAUCUUCCCCCGAACUCCAACGUUCCCCCUCCAGACUACCAGGACCCGGCGGCCGAGUAUUUGCAGCACAACAACAGCACGGCCCUCCUCUUCCUCUUUCUGCUGUUCUUCCUCCUCUUCCUGGCUGCAUUGGUGUACAACUGCUACAUGCAGUAUCUCCCAGCUCCCUGCCUCAAGCUGCGAGCUGCUCUGUUGGGGAGCCACAAGAGCACCCACCAGCAGGAGUACACGGCCUGUGAGGCAGGUUUAAUGGAAACAUCCACAACUGACAAAAUUAACAUGACUGAGCAACCAACGCAGAACGGCAGCCAGGCCACUCAGAACCUCCGAGCUCUGCGUGACACCGGGUACGAGACGGAACCGGAGUGCGGCAACGGUCGGAUCCCAUCUCACAGUUUUGGAGACAAUAGCCCCUCGCAGGAGAAACCUUUCGAUGUGGACUGUGAAUCGCAGCCCAUCCAGUUUGCAGAUGCAGAUUAACCUUACUGCUAGCCAGAAACCUCUGCUCCUCUUUUGUUUCUCUUAACCUAGAGGAUACAGGUGCUCUUUCUGCAUCUGCCCUUGACAUACAAGCCUGAACGGUGUCCUCGAUAUGAAAGUAUGUCCAGUGUACAGCAUCUCGUGAAGUUUAAUCACUGCAGGGCGUGAGGCUGAGUGUCCAUAUUGCAUUUUUUUUCUGAAUACCACUGUGUUUUUUUAAUUUCUUACCAAUGAGGAAAGAACAUACAUGAAAGAAGGCAGUGUACCCAGAGCUCUACCUUUUUUGUGCAGUCGUUUUAGAAAUGCACUGGUGUCGUCAGUGUCACCUCUUUUCAGGCAGCCAAUAUAGGCGGGACUUGUCGCCGUGGUUACCAAGAAAAUGGAGGAGAAGCUUGUUCUGGCUGUGUCUGUCUAUCUCAAGCUGUAUAGAUAAAGACAAAUCCCACACUCAGCGUGGGAGCGCAUUUUUGAUGGAGCGCUCUCCAGCGCCCUGCCAGUGCUUUCCUGCCAGAAGAAAACGCUGUAUGGACACACGGCCGAUGUCAGGCGUCUCAUUUGGCUGUAGAGUUUUAACUCUUGCUGUCUGAUUUUAGGGCUUUUGAUGAUCAAGCAAAAAACUGUAUUUAAAAGAAAAAAAAAAAGCUGCACUCUUUCAGCUUAGUCCAGCAAGAAAAGCUAUUUCUUAUAAUUCCAAAUUGGAAACAUUGUUUACCAAAUUGGUAAGUUACUGUGAUGUUUUCCAAAUUGGAGUCAUGUUUCUGUACAACGUGAGUGAAAAAAUAAUCUCUUGAAGCUUUUGCAUCUUUUUUUUUUGGAAGCAGUGUCUCGUCUUUAGUAAUUUCUCAGGGAAGAUAUGCUCAGUACAUUACCGCCUAGCAUUGUCACACAGUGUUAUCAUCUGCAGCCGCUGGUCUGGGCCUUAAUCUCACCCCGUUCAGUGGCACUGCAGGCUUUGAAGGUCAGAAAAACAAAAGUACAAGUGGACACGUGACAACUUGCAUGAUGGAGAAAUGCAGGAUUAUAUCAAACACUGUCUUGUGUCAAGUUUUCCAUAAGGACACUGCUGAGUCCCCUGUGUAUUUAAGUUUAUUUCCUUCCUGUGAAGUCAACAUUCCUACAUGGAUACAGCUCUGAUGGUCCUGUGUAUUAACCCCUCAUUAGUAAUCUUCCCUCAUGUGGUCUGUUAAUAACAUAAAAAUGUACAGAUGCUUGGUAACAGAGCCCUGGAAACAAUCCGAAGUUCUAAUUUUUUUGCUAUGAUGUUAUUAAGCCUUCAGUUUUAGAUUAUUUAAAAUGAUCUGUGGUAAUAUCAUUUUGUGUGUUACACAAGGAGUUGAGAUCUUCCUAUUUUCUUUUAUUUAUUGCGACAGAUUGGGUUUUUAGAUCACUCACGAGUCUCCCUUUUUCUGGUUUGCAUGUCAUCCCUUGUUUGGAUUGUCUUCAAAACUCUUCUUUUCCAUCACUCCCUCUCACAGCAUCCUCUGUCGACACUUCAUCUUCCCUGCUCUCCUCUGGAAGUAGCACUCCCUCUGUCCUCCCUUCCUCCUCUUCCUCCUCUUCUUCUUCAACGUCCUCCUCGUCCACCAAGCCCCACAACGUGGAGGCUCGGGAGGCAGAG